GAAACUAUAUGUCACGCCCAUCCCCCACAGCUGUUCUUAUGAAGCCGGUUUUACCACAUUAUAAAGUAUGGGCUGUUAAGAAAGGAGCUGCAAACACAUGUCUCUCAAAUGAGUAACAUUGUGAACGUACAUUUUUCAGGCAACUUAAUUUUGAGCCCUCAGAGAGCAAUCAUCUCGUGGGAAUCAUGAAAGAUUUUAGCAUUUUUUCCAUCUGGGUUCUCAACCUGUUGCUGCUGGAGAGCUCAUGUGCCGCUGACUCAAGUGUUGUGAAUCCCUGUUGCUAUUACCCAUGUCAGAACACGGGAGUGUGUGCGCGCUUUGAUACAGAUCGCUACGCAUGCGACUGCACGCGCACCGGCUUCUACGGAGACAACUGCACUGAUCCGGAGCUCUGGACCAGAUUUCGUCUUGCGCUGAAGCCGAGCCCGGAGGUGGUCCACUUCAUCCUGACCCACUUCCACUGGUUCUGGGACCUCGUCAACAACUCUUUCCUGCGAGACACACUCAUGAGAUUAGUGCUGACGGUCAGAAGCGACCUUAUUCCAAGCCCACCGACCUACAAUACCAAAUAUGGAUACCUCAACUGGGAGUCGUACUACAACAUCUCCUACUACACCCGUCUCCUCCCUCCGAUACCUGAAGACUGCCCGUUGCCGAUGGGAACUAAAGGUAAACCUGAACUUCCUGAUCCCAAAGUGUUGACCGAAAGGUUUUUCAGGAGGAAGACAUUCCGGCCAGACCCUCAGGGAACCAAUUUGAUGUUCGCCUUCAUGGCCCAACACUUCACUCACCAGUUUUUCAAGACGGACCAUGCACUCGAAGGUGGCUUCACCAAGGCUUUAGGACACGGGGUGGAUGCGGGCAAUAUCUACGGAGACAACCUCAUCAGACAGCAUCACCUCCGGCUUCAUGAAGAUGGAAAGCUGAAAUAUCAGACAGUAAAUGGGGAUGUGUACCCUCCUUCUGCAUCUGAGGUCCCUGUGUACAUGAUGUAUCCUGAAGACAUCCCUCCAGAAAAGCGUCUGGUCAUGGGUCAGGAGAUGUUUGGCCUCCUGCCGGGCCUCUCCAUGUACGCCACCAUAUGGCUGCGGGAGCACAACAGAGUCUGUGACAUCCUGAAGGCAGAACAUCCGACUUGGGACGACGAGCAGCUCUUCCAGACCACCAGGCUGAUCAUCAUCGGAGAGAUCAUCAAGAUCAUAAUAGAAGAGUACGUGCAGCAUCUGAGUGGCUACCUGCUGAAACUGAAGUUCGACCCCGUCCUGCUCUUCAACGAACGCUUCCAGUACAGCAACCGCAUCGCCCUGGAGUUCUGCCAACUCUACCACUGGCACCCGCUGAUGCCUGACAGCUUCCUCAUCGACGGAGAUGACAUCCCGUACUCCCAGUUUAUGUACAACACCUCCCUCCUCACGCACUACGGUGUGGAGAAACUGGUGGAGGCCUUCUCCCGUCAACCUGCGGGACAGAUAGGUGGAGGUCACAACUCUCACGCAGUAGUGCUCAAAGUGUCAGAAAUGGUCCUCAUAGAGUCCCGAGUGACGCGUGUGCAGCCCUUCAACGAGUACAGGAAGAAGUUCAACCUAAGGCCGUACACCUCUUUUUAUGAAUUGACUGGUGACGUAGAAAUGGCCAGAGGUUUAGAGGAGCUCUACGGUGACAUAGACGCUGUGGAGUUCUACACCGGCCUCCUGCUGGAGACGACGCGCUCCAGCAGUCUGUUUGGCGAGAGCAUGGUGGAGAUGGGUGCUCCCUUCUCCCUGAAAGGCCUGAUGGGAAACCCCAUCUGCUCCCCAGAGUACUGGAAGCCCAGCACCUUUGGGGGAGAGACGGGUUUCAGUAUCGUCAAAACCUCCACUCUGAAGAAACUGGUGUGCCUCAACACCAAGUGGUGUCCAUACGUGGACUUCCAUGUCCCCCGAGAUGAGGACGAAGCCAAACCAGGGAAAUUAUCCACUGAACUUUAAUGCCGAUUUCAAUAAGCAAUAUACUGACGGUGGGAUAUAUUGUUGUUGUUGUUGUUUUAUAUCUUUACAUCCAUGUCAUAAUCCUAUUCGGACUGGAUUUGUUUGGGAGAGAAGCGAUUUUAAUUCUACGUGUGCUAAUUCAGUGGUUUUAUUCAGGCAUGCUGAUACACAAAAACAAGAGAAAAAAAUAUGUAAAUAAAACUAAUUGUAAAGUAUUAAAGCAAUUAGGGACAUGGAGAGGCAGCCGGUAAGAGCGGCUCUACUCAUACUGACGGACUACGUCACCACUGGUUAGUUGACAUGUCGUCGGUGACGGGGUAUCUGGUUUGUUUAUGGUUUUGUGCGGUGACUUUUUAUGUUAUUGGCUUUGGUUGCAUGUUGGUGGAGGCACAGCCUGGGAUGGCUGUAUGUGGUGAAAUGCAUAUAGUGCGGGUGCACUGGUGCUUCAUCACAGUUUGAGAUGGGUGCUUCUGCUUUGUGCAGUUGUAUUGAAAUGUGUGGGUUUUUUUUUUGUUUUAAGGGUUUUCGCCUUUCUACUAAUGGAGCUUUGCUUCAUUGUAUGGAGAACCAAAAUAACUUGGAGACUGAACCUAUAAAAAUAAAAGGAGGAAACAAGUA